AUGGCAUCAUCCAUGACAGUAAAUAUUUUCGAGGAUGACUUUUCAUUAAGUUCAGUUGAGAAUAAGCAUAAAAAAACACAAAACAUCACUAGAAAACGUAAACGCAACGGUGUUUCUGACACAAAAAAAGGUGUUUUUAGUAAAGAUUGGUUGAAAGAUCCCAAAUAUUGUGACUUUUUACAAGAAGUUCGCCAUGAUCCUACCAAAGCACGUUAUUCAUCGUCUAAUUGUGACAUAUCGGUUUAUGGUGGGGGCAAAAACCAUCUAGAUAAACAUGUAGACACGGUAAAACAUCAAGAAUUUAUGAAAAACAAAACACAAAACUCACUUGAAACAUUUUUUACACCCUGUACUGAAUUAGAUAAAUUAUCAGCCAUUGAAGCAACAUUUGUAUUUCAUGGCGUUAAACAUGCUCAUUCAUACUUAUCACAAGGCUGUACUGUUUCCGUUGUCAAAACCGCUUUUCCUACGUGUACCAUUGCAAAAAAUAUGACAUGUGGUCGAACAAAAGCGCGUUCCAUCGCUUGUGAUGUUCUUUCGCCGUAUUUUGUCAAAGAAGUUCUUGUUGGUGUACAGAAAAAUACCUAUUAUUUUCUUGCAUAUGGUGCUACCAACAGAGGAAAUUCCAAAGUAUUUCCGUUCGUUGUACAAUAUUCUUCUGAUAAAGGUGUUAAAUGCGGUCUAAUCGAAGUAAUUGAAUAUCCAGGUGAAACAGCCAAUGAAUUGUUUCGCAAUACACACGAAGUAAUGAUGAGCAAUGGGUCGACUAUUGAAGGUUUAACAGCUUUAGGAGCCGAUAAUACAAAUGUUAACUUUGAAAAUAUUGAUAUUGAUAAAUUGUAUGAUGAAUUGUGUGAAGUUCAAACGACCUAUAUUGUAUUAAACAAGAAAGGUAGACCACUACAUGAGCAAAUACAAUUAUUUUUACGUGAAAAUAAACAAGGAAUUAAACAUGAUGACAAAGAGGACAAGGAAGAAGAGAAAAAAGAUAUGGAUGACGGGAAGACGAAGGAAGAAGAAACAAAACGAAUCUAUCCUGAUCGAUUAUGGGCUCAUUUGUUCCAUGUACAUGAUAAGCCAGCACCAAAUUUAAAACAAUUAAUUUCAUUUUGCUUUUCAAUUUCAAUAUCCAAUGGUUAUUGUGAAGGUGUCUUUAAUCAUAUGAAACAAGCGUGGACAAACACACGAAACAAAAUGGCACCGGAACUCACUUCAGCUUAG